UCCUGGGCAUUUCCAACUUAAAGCAACAUCUCUGACAAACAGCGGAGAAGAACUGAAGUGUUCACCGCGCGCAGCUCUCCUCACACAUCCUCACACAUCUCCGCCAUGUCCUCCAGACUGGACCCCUCCACAUACCUGUUCGACCUGAACCCGCUGCUGAUGGACAGGUUCUGUAAGAUGAUGGACAGCGGGCCGGACAGUCUGGGCUGGAGGGGGCUGGCUGCCCGGAUCCUGCCCAGCCUGCUGGAGGUGAGGCACACGGAGAUGCACGCCGCCGCUGGCAGAAGCCCGACCCAUGAGAUGGUGUGGUCCUGGGCUCAGCAGAACAAAACUGUAGGGGAUUUAAUUCGGGUUCUGGAGGAAAUGGGACAUUACCGAGCUCUGAAUCUCUUUCAAGACACUUCAAUUCCCUUCUCAACCUCUCUCGAAUAUUCAAAGCCACACAGUGAAGACCCCAGUCCCCCUUCAGACCCGGACCCUGCCAAUACAUUUGCCAGAAACCAGAGAGCCUGUAUCACUUUCGCAGAAGUCGUAGAAGGAACUAGAAACUUCCAUGGGGAUUUGAAAAUUGGCGAAAGUACAUUUUCAGAGGUUUACCGGGGAAGAUGGGGAAAUGAAAGCUUUGCGGUUAAAGUUUUCAAACAGGGAAACAAAGGAUCAUGGAAGACCUUGUGGGAGAAGUUUAAAACAGAGAUUGAAGUUCUGCGACUCUACCAGCAUCCUAACAUCUUGGAGCUCUGGGGCAGCUUUUCGGAAGGGGAGCGCUACUGUUUGGUCUAUCCGUUCUUGCGUAAUGGAUCACUCUAUCAAAGACUGCACCAUGAGGAAACUGAAAUACCUCUGUCAUGGAAGGAGAGGCUUGACAUUAUCAAAGGCACAGCAAAGGGCGUUCACUGUCUGCACACUGCACAGCCAUGCAUGGUUAUCUGUGGCAACAUCAAGAGUUCAAACAUACUGCUGGAUGAACAUUUGCAGCCCAAACUUUCAGACUUUGGAAUGGCUCGCUUGAGACCGCACUCUGUUAACCAGAGCUGUACCAUCACCAUGAACACAACCUCCCAUGGCAAUCUGGGCUACUUACCUGAGGAGUAUAUACGUGAUGGCAAGCUAUCUGUCAAACUAGACAUUUACAGCAUUGGUAUGGUCAUUCUGGAGACAUGCACAGGGCAGAAAGUGAUACAAGAGGAACCAAAGCACAUAUUACUGAGGGACAAGCUGAGUUUAGAGGCUGAAGAGAAGGGCAGUGUGGAUGCCUGUCUGCGCUUCAUGGAUUCCAGAGCGGGACAGUGGCCCGCUGCAACAGCGCUCUGUCUGCUCCGCCUGGGGCUGGAGUGCACAAGCAGCCGAGCCAGAGCCAGGCCCAGCAUGGAGACUGUGCUGCAGAAGCUGAGUCAGCUUCUCCCACCUCCUUUCCCUCCUGAAGACCAGCCACGGACUCUGGAUGACACGAACCCACCUUCAUUUAAUUUCAGCAGCAAGGGGCUGAGGUCCAGCCUGCCUAUGGAGGAUGACGAAAUAGACAGUCCGCUGGGGAAGCCUCAGUUACCAGAGCAGUCAGGACCUUGUGAGUGCAGUCAGUCAGAGGUCACUUAUCUGGGCUCUGGGGAGCAGAGCAUGUGCCCCACAGACACUUCUCUGAUGGACAGCAAAAGAGAAGAUGCGGCUGUUCCUGUGUGGCUUGUGCAGACGGAAGGCAAGGCUGAGCUGGAUCUGUACGGGAGUUGUCCAGUGGAGUGCAGCUGUGCAGCUGGAGCUGAAGCACAGGGCUGUGAGGACUGCUGGGCCAACGGCUUUAGCCACACUCUGUCGUUCUCUCAAGUUGAUGAAGUCCAGUCCUGUCAGAGCACCGUAGAGAAUCCAGCAAAGAAGAGACUCAAGGAUAAAAUCCAGCUUUACAACCGAGGCAUCAUCAAGACUGAGGAACUUCUCUCUAUAACAUCAGACUGAUUCAUUCAACACAUACUAGUUUGAGACUGGGAUCCUGAGGACUUUCCUAAAUACCUCAUUUUAUCCAAUAUUAUUAUUUUAUUAUAUUUUUAUUUUUUCAUUUAAACCAACACCAAAACAACCUCUGCUAUUUAACUCAUAUUAAGAAGACAUAUCAUUUUAAAUGUGUUAAUAAUGUUGUUUGUUGUCAAAUAGGAUAAGAUGAUAUAUUUGUACAUAAUUAAAAAUGCCUAAAGACACGCUGUAAGGACUUUUUUGGGCAUUCCUAAACAUAAAACUCAGGAGGCAUCUCAGAAGGCGCCAGUACUUAGUGAAGUCAGUCUUUGGUAUGCAUAUGCUAAUAGCCAGUGUAGUAUAAAGUACUGAAAUCUCACACUCAAGUAAAAGCAUAGGUACCCCUCCAAAAUAUGACUUUGGUAAAAGUCCAAGUCACUGACUCAAAUGUUACUUGAGUUAAAGUCUUAAAGUAUCUGAAACAUCUUGUACUUAAGUAUGAGAAGUACUGUAAAAAUAGAUGUACUCAAGUAAUGUAAUGAAAAGUAUUAAGUGACUUCUUUUCAGUCAGUAGGUGGGGUCAAAACAUUGCGUUUUCUCUCUCUCUCUCUUUUUUUUGCAAUGAGUAACUAAACCGAACAUUGAAAAUGUAUCGGAGUAAAAGUAAGCAAAUAAAUUCAGAAAUAUAGUGAAGUAAAAGUGAAAGUUGUCAAAAAAAAAAAUAGGCUUUAGGAAAGUGCAAAGUAUUCCAAAAUAUACUUAAGUACAGUAGUGAAGUAUUUUUACUUCGUUACUAUACAACACUGCUAAUAGCAGCCACGGCUUUGACUGACAUUAAUAUCAAAUGCAAGGCCAACGUGUUUUCAGACAAGACGGCAGAGGCCCAGGUGUAAAGAGGAACACACCUGGAACAAAAAAUUACCAUCUCAACUGGAGAACAAUAGAUAAUGCAAAUUGAAAUCAGUCCAGUGGAAUUAACUAAACUAUGGUGCUGCUUGAAAAUCGACUGUACAGGCUUACUAUUGUAAUCACUCUAAAUACAGUGAUACUGGUGUUCCGUAGGGGCGUAUAGGUACACAAAAUUCACAGUUGGGUCCACACAACAGUAUAACCCACAGUUUGGUACGAUUUUGGUACAGUUGUCAAGCAUUGUUGUCAAGCAUUUUUGUUUUUGUCUCUGUUAUGUACUGUCUAAUUCUAUUCUGUUUUGAUGUAUUAAUAUGUGUUAUUUACUCUCUGAAAAAAAAACAGUUUAAAGCUCAUAUUUGUUUUACCAAAUUGUCUUCCUGACAUGUAAAGUAUUGUAAAAUGUAAGGAUGUAAUUUAAAUAGAAGUGGAAUGUAAGAGAUUAGGAAUAACACGAUGUGCCAUGAUGUGUAUAUAAUACAUAUAAUUAAAAUAUAUUGUAAAUUGAA